AUGUGGACUUCGUCAUUUCUGCCACAACUACUGCCGGUCUUGGGGCUGCUUCUGCUGCUGCGAGUGGAGCAGUCACGGCAAGGUAACAUUUUGCUUUGCAUGAGAACACCGUCGUAGAGAAGUCGGAGACGGUGUCAGUAUUUGCCUGUGCCUUUUUUCGCCACCCAUUACGACGUCUUUCUUGUAUUUUUGGCAGUUGCUCUACCACAGCCUGAUAUAACAUGGCCGGAUGCACGUGAUCUUAAAGUGAUAGUCAGUCCUGAACCUUUCUACGCUUUGCAAGUACAGUGGCAAACACAGGAGCGAGAUUCACUACGCUAUCUUGAGGUCGUUCUACGCUGCAACGACUCCGACAAGACUGACAAAAGAACCUCUACAAAGGAUUCAUUCAUAAAAUACUACACAAACCCCUGCCCUCAGAGCUAUGUCGUUGAGGCAUUCUUGCAGACGGUCUUCAAUGAAAAGGGAAUGCGUGUCGCAAAGGCAAUGCCUGAAUCCUCAAGUACGGCUGAUUUAACUCCCAUUGCUUGUUCGAUGGAGAAAUUUGUUUUAAAUAGUUUGCAUUUUUGA